AUGGCCUCGCACUUGGAGAAGCUGAUUCUCAUCCCGGCCACUUCAUACUCUGCUGCAAACUGCCCCAGUGCAAGUUGGUUGCUUUUAAUUUCUUGCAAUUGUGACUUCUUUCCAGAUGAACAGCAAACACUGAUCACAAAUGAAAGUGGAGCAACCUACUGCAGUGUUGUGCCUCCUGGGAUCCAUGUGUAUCCAUUCUCCUUUCAGUUCCCUCUUCAGGAUAUUCCCUCCUCCUUUAAAGGUGAGGUCGGUAAAAUCAUUUACCAGCUGGAAGCAGUUUUGAGCAGAUCAAUGAGGAUGGACAGCAAGGAAUCGGUCCUGCUCAACUUUUUGGCAAGAGAUGACCUGAACCCAGUCGCUGAUCUAAAGGUACCCCAACAUGAGUCUAAGGAUAAGAAAAUGGGUCUUUUUAACUCUGGAAGUGUCGCAAUGGAUGUAAACCUUGAGAAGUCAGGCUUUUACCAAGGAGAAGGGUUAAAGGUUUUGGCUUUCAUUAAGAAUGAUUCAUCUCGUGAGAUCAAGCCCAAGUAUUGCAUAUACAAGAAGCACAGCUUUUUUGCCCAUGGGAGAAGAAAGGUCCACGCUAAGGAUCUCAUUAAGGAGGUUGGAGCUACAAUCCCCCCAUCGGCCUCCGAAAAAGUCACACAGGUUAUUCCCAUACCUCAAGAUAUGGAGCCCUCCAUACUCAACUGUAACAUCAUCAAAGUAGAGCACAGACUCAGGGUAAGCAGCGAGAUGUGA